CGUCGACAGGAGGCGACGGCUGUACGAGAAUGACGGCGGCAGCGGGGCAAUAGUGUGAGCCAUGGGGGACUUUGGUCCGGCGCAGCUGCUCACCGGUCUUUGUUAUACAGAGGAGCAGAAUCCUUUCCCUGUGUGGCAGGACGGACACAUCAGCUCCUGUUUUAACCAGCUCAUCCUCGGCAUGCUGCCUCAUGCAUCGCUGGCCGUUUACAGCGCCUGUUACCUCGGCAUGACCAAAUGUCGUCGCCUCCAAACGUCUCCUCCCUGCAGCUGGAGCCUCAGGCUGGCAGCUGCCCUGAUCUUGGCACUGUUGUUCACUGCAGAUAUCAUCCUGGUGAUCCUCCAGCAUCAGGGCAACAUGUACCUGGACAUCCUGACAGACAGCUUCGCUAUCUUGUCUUGGCUGGUCCACUUCAGUGCCAUAAUGGUCCUCCAAGCAUCUGUUUCCAGAAGAACCAGAGGUCCUCCAGGGUUGCUCAUGUUGGUUCUUCUAUCAGUCCCAAACCUGGUCAUUACUUUAGUCAUCUACUGUGUCAGUGGAAAAGUCUUGCACUUUACAGAGCCUAUUGAUAUGGCACGCUUUGUGCUAGCGGCAGCACGGACCGUCCCGCUUCUGCUUUACAUCUUGGCGUUUGCCUUUCCCUGCAGCAGUGAUGAUGGGUAUACCUUGCAUAUAAACACUGCGGAUGGAUCCCCGCUCAUUCCAGAGAGCGCUGAGCAGGAUACAGGUGCAAUGGUGGCUGAGGACGGCAGUGGCUUCUUCUCCCGGAUCUUCUAUCUGUGGUUGAGUCCACUCCUCUCGCGAGGGAAGCGUGGCGAGCUCAACAGACCGGACGAUGUAUAUCACCUUCCUUGGAAACUGCGCACUGCUGUGGUUUGUCAGUACUUUCGUCGGUGUUGGGAAUCUUGCCAGCGGGGAGUGCCUGUGAGUAACAGACAGGAUCCGUGGCCUAGGCCGGUCAGCAGAAACGUACUUAAUGGCACGUGGCCUUCACAAUCCCAGGAAGGACGUAAAGAGCUGGACAAAGAUGUGGGACUGCUGAGGGUGCUGCACAAAGCAUUUGGCGUGCGUUAUUACAUUCUCGGGGUGUUGAAGUUUCUCAUAAACAUGCUGAACUUUGUGGGGCCGCUGCUCCUCAGCAGUUUGGUUAACUUUAUUGGUGAAAAGGGGGCGUCUAUCAGCUGGGGAGCCUGGUGCACCUUUGGCCUCUUUACCAGCGCCCUACUCAUAUCUAUCCUCCAAAAUAUCUUUGUCUUUGAGGUCUUUAAGGUGGCGUUGUCGGCUCGCGCCGCUCUGGUUUCAGCCAUCUACGGCAAAGCUCUUCGGGUCAGCAGCAGCAGCCUGGCGGCCUUCACCCUGGGGGAGGUGGUGAACCUCAUGAGCACAGACACGGAUCGUGUGGUCAACUUCUUCAGAAGUUUCCAUGAGCUGUGGAGCCUCCCCUUGCAGUUCACCGUCACCCUCUACCUGCUCUACCUGCAGGUGGGUGUGGCUUUCGUGGGAGGGCUCGGUGUGGCGCUGCUACUCGUUCCCUUCAACAAGUUCCUGGCGUCCCGUAUCCUCAGCAACAACAGAAGCAUGCUGAGAUACAAGGACAGUCGUGUUAAGCUGAUGACAGAGAUCCUCUUCGGCAUUCGGAUCGUCAAGUUUUACAACUGGGAGCGCCACUUCGCUCAGAAGGUCGCCGACUGUCGCAAACAAGAAGUUUCCCACCUCAAAGCCAUUAAGUACCUGGACGCCAUGUGCGUGUACACGUGGGCCGCUCUGCCCGUGGUCAUCGCCAUCCUCACCUUUGUUACGUACGUGCUGCUGGGACACCAGCUGACGGCUGCCAAGGUCUUCACCACGCUGGCUCUGGUGGGAAUGCUGAUCAUCCCACUCAACAGCUUUCCGUGGGUGCUCAGCAGCAUCCUGGAGGCCAAAGUGUCGCUGGAGCGAAUCCAGCGCUUCUUCAAACUGACUGACCAGGAUCUGGAGACGUAUUACAGCACGGUCUGUCUCCAUGACGACAGACAGACGUCUGUCCUCUUAAGUCAGGGGAUGUUUUCCUGGAAGGGGUCCGAUGGUGCAAACACAAACAAAGAUGAAGGAAGUGAAGCUGGAGCUGCUGAAGGAAGUCUGCUGCUCCACGGUUUGAAUCUGCACGUCAGGAAGGGAUCUCUAGUUGCUGUCGUGGGGAAAGUCGGCUGCGGGAAGAGUUCUUUGCUGGCUGCUCUCACCGGGGAGCUCAACAGGCUCGGCGGUCGUCUCUAUGUGGCAGACAGAGAGGCUGGUUUCGGUCUGGUGUGUCAGGAGCCGUGGAUCCAGCACGCCACGGUGCGGGACAACAUCCUGUUUGGCAGGGACUUUAAUCCCGCCUUCUACCAGGCUGUGAUCGCGGCGUGUGCGCUGUCAGAAGACCUUAGCGUUUUGCCAAAUGGUGAUAAGACGGAAGUGGGCGAGAACGGCGUGAUGCUGAGCGGAGGACAGAAGGCUCGGCUGGCUCUGGCGAGAGCUGUUUACAUGGAUAAAGAGGUCUACCUGCUGGAUGAUCCACUGGCAGCUGUCGACACAGAUGUGGCCAAACAUCUCAUGCAGAAAUGCAUCAUGGAACUUCUUGGGGAAAAGACCAGAAUCCUCUGCACGCAUCGCGUGGAGUUUGUGGCCAAAGCUGACGUGGUGGUUCUGAUGGACAACGGAACCAUCACCAGAACAGGAACACCUGCAGAAAUCCUUCCUUUGGUGGAGGCGGUGCCCCAAAACUGGAAGAAAAACCAGAACACAAAUGAGAAAGAUGGCGUGAAGGAGCAGGCGGAGCCGGGAUCAGCCUCUGACCUCUGCGUGGGCAGCGACCCCGACCUGUCAGGGGAGGAGCAGAAGCAGACGGGUGGUUUGUCGUGGAUGGUUUACCAGACCUACUGGGUGGCAGUGGGCCGAGCGCUGGCCGCCUCUGUCCUGAUGUCUCUGCUGCUGAUGCAAGCCUCCAGGAACGUGUCCGACUGGUGGCUUUCCCACUGGAUCUCAGAGCUGAAGAACAACGGUUCCUCCACAGCUAACGGUUCCUUCACAGUGCCGUUCCGCUCGCCAUCGCGAUCGCUGCUGCUCUUCUCAACGGGACAGACGAUGUGUCUUCUGCCCUCUAUGCAAACUUUGCCUUCAGAACCAAUGAGCUCAGACGUGAAGUUUUAUCUGAUGGUGUAUGGCUCCAUUGCCGUGGCCAACACCGUCUUCACCGCCCUCCGAGCCUUCCUCUUCGCCUACGGCGCCAUCUGCGCUGCCACGGCCAUCCACAGCAGGCUUCUGGACCGCGUCCUUAAGGCCACCAUGACCUUCUUUGACACCACGCCUCUUGGUCGCAUCCUGAACCGUUUCUCCUCGGACGUGUACACCGUGGACGAUAGUCUGCCGUUCAUCCUGAACAUCCUGCUGGCCAACGUGUUCGGCCUGCUGGGCAUGCUGGCGGUGAUGAGCUACAGUCUGCCGUGGGUCUUAGUGCCCCUGUUGCCUCUGGCUCUGGUUUAUCACCGCACUCAGAGCUUCUACCGACACACGUCGCGUGAGCUGAAGCGGCUCUACAGCCUCACCCUGUCGCCCGUCUACUCACACUUCUCUGAGACGCUGACGGGGCUCGGAACCAUCCGGGCCAGCUCCAGCUGUACCAGGUUUGAGGAGGAGAGUACCAGGCGUCUGGAGCAGAACCAACGGUGCGUCUUCCUCACCAGCGCUGCCAUGCAGUGGCUGGAUAUCCGUUUGCAGAUGAUUGGUGUUGCCGUGGUAACAGGCCUUGGGGUGAUUGCUGUCAUCCAGCACCAGUUUAAUUCUGUUGAUCCAGGUCUGGUGGGUUUGGCGCUGUCCUACGCCCUGUCAAUCACCAGCCUCCUGUCUGGGCUCAUCUUCAGCUUCACCCAGACUGAGAUGCAGCUGGUGAGCGUGGAGCGAACCGAAGAAUAUUCCACCUGCCUGCCAGCCGAGCCGCAGUGCCAAAGUGCUCAGUUGCCACCGGCGUGGCCGCAGCAUGGCUGCCUGUGUUUUCACAACAUGGGUCUGGCCUACAGGGACGGCCUCCCCAACGCCCUGGAUGGAGUGAGUUUUGUGGUACAACCCGGGGAGAAGGUGGGCAUCGUUGGCCGCACUGGUUCAGGGAAGUCUACCCUGUUCCUGGCCCUGUUCCGUAUGGUGGAGCUCAGUCAGGGUCAGAUUCUGCUGGAUCAGCUGGACAUCAGCACUGUGGCUCUGGAUCAGCUCAGGUCCAGAUUGGCUAUUAUUCCUCAGGACCCCUUCCUGUUCAGCGGGACCAUCAGGGAGAAUCUAGACCCGUGUGGGAAACACCCGGACCAGAACCUGCUUGAAGUCCUGGACCAGUGUCACCUUAGCACUGUGGUCCAGAGGAUGGGUGGUCUGGAUGCUGAGGUGGGAGACAGAGGGAAAUCUUUCUCAGUGGGACAGAGACAGCUGCUGUGUCUGUCCCGCGCACUGCUCACUCAGGCCAAGGUGUUAUGCAUCGACGAGGCCACGGCAAGCGUCGAUCACAAGACGGACAGACUUCUGCAGCAAACUAUCAGAGAGACGUUUCAGGACAAAACCGUCCUCACCAUUGCCCACAGGAUUAACACCAUCAUGGACUGUGACCGCGUGCUGGUGAUGCACGCUGGGAAGGUGGUGGAGUUCGACACUCCCGCUGCUCUGUGUCAAACUGAUGACUCCAUCUUCCACCGGCUGGUCACCGUGACAGACAAGUGAGGAGGCGGAUUGACCCCAGAAAGACAGAAGAUAAAGUCAUAGUGGAUCCUGGAGGGUUUGGGUUCCUCAGUGAUUUUUUUUUUUUAAGACAGAGGUCACUGUUUUUUGCUGAAGCAGCAUCACGCCGUGUUUGUUUUUGAGGAUGUCACCUUCUCAGAAACUGAAGGGAAAUAGUGUUUUUAUGACACUGUUGAUGCAUCACAUUUAUGACAUUCACUUUUUCCUUAAGUCAAGAAAAUUCCUCUGGGAAAGAUUUUUUAUUUUUUUUAUAUCACAAAUGGCACUUUUUAUGUGCUUGAUUUGAAUUUUGGGUACAUUUUUCAUCUGCAAAGGAAAACAUCUGCAAAUAAAGAGUUUGAAGUUAUUUAACCAACAGCAAACACAAAAUCAACUUUGCUCGUAUUGAUUAUUUGUAUAAGCUGAUCAGUCAACACUUCACCCCCCAGAAUGCAUUUAGAAAAUGAUCCAGUCAUCAGCUGGUAAAAUCCAGAAUUGGUGGAUUUAUAUACUUUACAGACCAAACAGGAUGAAGCUGAAAAGUGGAAUGUUCAGUCAGAUGCAUAUUAAUAUUAUUGGAAUUGUACCCCAAAUUCGGUUUCAUUUUGGAUUCAGAUAAUCAGAAGUUUUGAAAACUCUCACAACAGAUCACAACAUCAUCCACAAACAUCACAGUCCACUCGUGCCUGAUCUCAUUUGUCAACAUGUCCAUCACCAUUACAAACAAAUGAAUCUGUCAUUCCCACUGAGCAUCUCACCGCUGUCGCACUGUCCUUGUACAUCUCCUGCACCACCCUCACAUACGUCUCUGCCACUCCAGACUUCCUCAUACAAUACCACAACUCUUCUCUUGAUACCCUGUCAUAAGCUUUCUCUAACUCCACAAACACACAAUGCAGCUCCCUCUGGCCAACUCUAUACUUCUUCAUCAGCACUCUCAGAGCAAACAUUGCAGCUGUACUGCUCAUUCUUGGCAAGAAACCAUGUUUCUGCUCGUAGAUGUUCACCUGUUUUCUAAACCUAGCUUCUGUUUCUACUUAUACUACUCUUCCCAUAACCUCAUGCUAUGGCUUAUCAACUUUAUGCCUGUGUAGUUACUGCAGCUCAGCACAUCACCCUUGUUCUGAAAAACUAGAUCCAGCACACUUUUUCUCCACUUCUUAGGCGCCCUCUGGCUUUCUGUGAUUUUAGAAAACUAUUUGUUUGAAAACCUCUAUUGCCAUUUCUCCUAAACAUUUCCAUGCCUCCACUGGAAUGCCAUCUGGACCAACUGCCUUUCCACUCUUCAUGAUUCACUGCCUCCACAUCAUCCAGUCUUCGCUCACUCUCAUUUUCUUCAGUCAUCAGCUCCUCAAAAUACUUCCUCCACCUUCUUAACACACUCUCCUUGUAGGUCACAGCAUUUCCACCUGCAUCUUUCAUCACGCUAACCUGCUGUACAUCCUUGUCAGCUUACAAUCAGCAAAA